CCAACUAGUCCAUCCGCGUGUCCCCUCCGUGCUGCCAUUGAAAAGAAAAAGAAAAGCAAACCAAAGCAAAGCAAGGCAAAGCUUGGACUCAUACGAAGCUCCCAUCUCCCACCCCUUUCUCUCUCCCAUCAAGCUAUCAAGGAAGGAGGAAGGAGCACAGAGAGAGACAGUGAGAGAGAGAGAGCACUAGAAGAGCUCAGGAGAUCGAAUAACCCCUAUCAACAUGGGGAGCUACGACCGCGAAUUCUGGCAGUUCAGCGACCAGCUGCGCCUGCAGAACAACUUCUCCAACCUCUCCAUCGCCGACUCCAUCUGGUCCAACUCCGACUCCUUCGCCGACCGCCGCAACGCCGCCGAUCCUCUCCUCUACCCUCACCAGACCAACUCCUCCUCCUCAUGGAAGAACAACAACACCAACACCAGCAUCGCCAGCCCCGGCCUGGUCGGCUCCGGCAAGCUCGCCUUCGGCAGCGCCACCACCACCAACGCCGACCGCUACAACUACUUCCCCAGCAACGCCGCCGCAGACACCAAGAGCAACAGCGACAACUUCAACAAGAGCAGCCCCGGUGCCGUCGGCAACGACUACUACUUCAAUAAGAACGCCAGCGCCUUCAACACCAACAACAACGCCGGCGGCGACCUCGUCAAGAGCUACUUCAACAAGUCCGUCGGCAGGCCGGCCAACAACAACAGUAACAACAGCAACAUCGCCAAGAAGAACGCCGUCCACGACAAGAGGAAGAACGGUAGCGCCAACAGCAGCAACGGCGGCGUGGACAAGAGGUUCAAGAGCCUGCCGGCGUCGGAGGCGCUGCCCAGGGGCGAGGCCGUCGGCGGGUACAUCUUCGUCUGCAACAACGACACCAUGGAGGAGAACCUCAAGAGGCAGCUUUUCGGCCUGCCGUCGAGGUACAGGGACUCGGUGAGGGCCAUCAGGCCAGGCCUGCCCCUCUUCCUCUACAACUACUCCACCCACCAGCUCCACGGCAUCUUCGAGGCUACAAGCUUCGGCGGAUCAAACAUCGAUCCAACAGCUUGGGAGGACAAGAAGUGCACCGGCGAGUCCCGCUUCCCUGCGCAGGUGAGGGUUGCGACGAGGAAGAUCUGUGACCCGCUGGAGGAGGACGCCUUCCGCCCUGUCCUCCACCACUACGACGGCCCCAAGUUCAGGCUCGAGCUCAGUGUCCCAGAGGCGCUGUCGCUCCUUGAUAUCUUCGCGGAGAAGAUUUUUGCCUGACGACGGCCCGUAUGUAUCUGCUUCCUGAGGGUCGCACUCGCACAGGGAAAAAGAAUAAGAUCAACCUAUGUAUGAUGUUAACCAUAUGCUGCUAAUUACUAGCAUCUGAUUAUCUCGUUAUAAGUUAUACUCUCAGAUUUUUGCCCUUUGGGCUUUCAGGGGUAGGAGCAGGGUAUCCUUGCAUCAGAAAUUCAACUCUGCCGCCCCUCAUAUGUAAAACAUACAGAAAUCGGCUAUAUGUUUCUUCUUGUUUAUUAUGAAUCACAGAUAAGCUGGUUGAGAAGAGGCAA